CCAUACCCAACCUAGGAAAUGUGGGAAGAAGUUGUGUCGUCUGCUUUUGCCAAGUAUGGCGCUGUUGUCUUGGUGAUAGGUUUCGGACUUCUUGCGCUGAGGAAAUGGAUUGCAGGAGGGACGUGUCGCAGCAAAGCGCACUUGGUUGGGAAGACUGUGCUGAUCACCGGUGCCAACACCGGCAUCGGCAAGGAGACGGCACAAGACAUGGCGCGCCGAGGGGCCCGAGUGAUCAUGGCCUGUAGGGACCUGAGUAGGGCCCAGCACUCAGCGGACUUCAUCCGCAGGACGACAAGAAAUGGCAACGUGAUGGUGCGCCACCUGGAUCUGGCCUCCCUGUACUCCGUGCGCCAGUUCGCCAAGGAGAUCAACGCCACAGAGGAGCGGCUCGACAUUCUCAUCAACAACGCUGGUGUGAUGAUGUGCCCGAGGUGGGUGACGGAGGACGGCUUCGAGACGCAGCUGGCUGUCAAUCACCUGGGCCACUUCCUGCUGACCAAUCUGCUGAUGGAUCUCCUGAAGAAGUCCCGCCCCAGCCGAGUCGUCAACGUGUCCAGCAUUGCCCACAAAGGAGGUAAAAUUGACUUUGAUGAUCUGUUCUUCGACAAGAGGCCCUACAGCUCCCUGGUCAGCUACAGGCAGAGUAAACUGGCCAACAUCCUCUUCUCAAGGGAGCUCCAUCACAGGAUGAGAGGGAGCGGCAUCACGUCCUACAGCCUGCACCCGGGCGUGAUCCGCACAGAGCUGGGCCGCCACGUGGAGAGCUGGUUCCCCUUCCUCCGGAGCAUCCUCAUGCUGCCCUCCUACAUGUUUAUGAAGACCCCGCGCCAGGGCGCCCAGACCUCCAUCUACUGCGCCGUCACCGAGGGCCUGGAGAGCAAGUCUGGCUGCUACUUCAGUGACUGCCGAGAGAAGCAGACCUCCCCUGAGGGCAGAGACGACGUUGCAGCAAGGCGCCUCUGGGAGGUCAGCGCCCGACUGGUGGGCAUCUCUGACGGUGACUAA